AUGGUCAAUUUAAGAGUACUCUGUGGUGAGGUGAGAAAGCAUCGAAAUUGGUUCUCCUUCCCUCCUAGCGAUAGAUCCCAGUGCAGAAAUCAGUAUUCCUUCCCUCUCGAAGAAGAACUUGCACACAGUGGUCACAUCUUUGUACGGAAGCACGUUGAGAAAAGUCUAGAUGGUAACAACGGAUUUGCCAGGUUUUUCGACAUCCUAAACUCACAAGGUCACCGUGUCUUCCAAGGAAUUGAACGAACACCGAAAGACUUGCUCAAGAAAAAAGACCAGUCCGUCUUCACCAUCUCCAUCUUGGACUUUAAGGGGGUCGAGUUGAUUCGAGUCGUUGGAAAGAUUGGCGAGAAAUACAGCAUUUUUCAAGCUGACCAACUUUGGGGUGGGGUCGAGUCAUGUAUACAUCACGACCAGCGUGACAUCUUCCCAGUUUUCUUUGUCAAACAGGGGACCAAGGUGAAACGGGGGAGAAAUAAGUCCUUGUCUAAUGACAGUUCGGCGAAGAUCUUGUACAUCGUGGGCGAGCAGUAUGACGACAACGUGGGGUGUUGUGGAUGCAAAUGGAAAAUAUCGGCAGAAAGGCUGCAGAGAAUUCAUAAGGAGCGAGAUUUCGAAGGCAGUAUUUUCCUCUUGGAUAGGCGGACUUGCGUCGGGAGGGUUGGGCGUCAUUGGGGGACGGUGGACUCUCUGAUAUGCGACCCAAGCAUUGUCAACGACUGUUAUGGAGUUCAGUUUCCAUACAAAGCGGAUCUCAGAAUAAAAUGUGUCUUGUUAGGAGCCCCUUUUUUUCUGAACUCUGCUUUGUUCAAUUAAGCAAUUAGUAAUCGAUUAACCUAUAAAAACGAUCCCUCAUGUAAAUUAUCGGAUGAAACAGUUGCUAA